AUGGCUGACAAACAAAAACGAUUUAUGAAUUAUUCAUCAUUCCAACGAACUGUUGAUGAACAAAAUCACGAGAUAGAUUCUCAUUCUCAACGACUUAUUCCAAUUACUACUACUGCUGCUGAACAUUUACCCUCAUCAACAAUUAUGUCACAAAAACGACAAUAUUCUUCAACAAAAAAUGAUCAAUCAGAUUUAUUUUCAAAUAAUCAUCAUUUAAUAUAUAAUCCAAAUAUUCUUCCAAUAGCAAUAACUACGACGAGUCGAAAACGACCAGCACAAGAUAAUUCCUAUAUUCAAGAUCAUAAUGAACAUGUUAAUAAACGAAUUCGAUAUGACCAAACAAAUAAUAUUGAAUUAGAAAAUCAACCACCACGUGCAACAAUCAAACGUCGAUCUUUAUUUUUAUAUCAUCAAGGACAAGAUUGGAAUAAUUUACAAAUACAAAAUGAUAUUCUACCAUCAACACGUCAAAUAAAUAAUGUAUCCUCCUAUGAAUAUGAACAAAAUCGAUCAAAUUAUUUUUCUCCUUGUGAUUUACAUACUGAACAUCUACCGAAUCAACAUUUAUAUAUGUUUGGAAAUGAUGCAUUAAUGACUUCUACUCAUAAAAAUACAUUUCCGAAAUCAUCUAUGAAUAUGUUUAAAAAUAAUGUACGAUUAUUAUCUCCACAAUUCAAUGUUACUAGUCCAUUACGUACAACAAAUUUUGUUCUUGAUAGUAAACAACAAACAAUGAGUGCAACUGUAUUACGUACAGGAAAUAUUUCACCAGCACAUUCAGAUACUUCAACUGAAUCAACAUCAACAUGUUCGUCUGAUGAACAACAAUUUCAUCAAAAUUUUCCAUCAUUUCAUUAUCAACCAUCACGUUCAUAUCGUGAACGUGAAAAUUAUGAACAAUUAUUAGAUUUAGCAGAGAAAUUAUCGGAUCCAAAUCGUUUAAAUAAAGUUGAUAUUGAACAGUUUAUCUCCUAUCGUUAUAAAACAAUAACAACAACAGAUACUUCAUUAUCAAAACAAACAGAUUGUGUUAUCUGUAUGUCACAGUUUCGAAAUAGUCAACGUAUUCGAGUACUUCCAUGUCAACAUGAAUAUCAUUCAAAAUGUAUUUCAAGAUGGUUUACAAUGAAUUCAUCAUGUCCUAUAUGUCGACGAGAUAAUUUUCUCUCAAGUUGCUGA